AUGGCCUUCGCGAGAAAGGCAGCCCGAGCAGUCUCACAGUCCGGCAUCAGUCAAGGUGCAAGCGAGUCUGACGUGCUGGCUUUCGCCCGCAAGGCGGCACGGGAGAUCUCGCAGUCCGGCGUCAGCGCAAACGACUCUGACAUCCUCACCUUUGCCCGAAAGGCUGCUGACGAUGUCUCCAAGUCGGGUGUCGUCAGCGAGACCAGCGUUCUUGCUUUUGCCCGGCAGGUGGCGAAUGGGAUGCACAGCGAGGUGACUGAGACCAGUGCAGCAACAUCAAGGCAAUUCUAG